CGCAGGCCGCAGUCCGCCAGAGCGCACGCGCAAACCAGAGACAGAGAGGAGUUGCCAUUGCCGCCGACGACCGCCGAUCGAUCGAGAAAGGAAUUCCGGGAGGCGGGAGCCCACCGGGGAUGAUGGCCGCGGACGUGAGCUCUGUCGCGAGGCUGCUACGCGGGGAGGCGGGGAAGAAGGGCGGGCCGGAGAUUGUGACGAUGGAUCUUCUCGGCGGUUGCGGCGGCGGCGGGGCCGCGGAGGACGAGGUCGUGGACCUCGAGGUCACGGUGCCGGCCGGCUGGGAGCGACGGCUUGACCUCCUGUCCGGCAAGACGUUCCUGACUCCACGCCACCCGAGCGUGCAAGGCGGACACCAGGACCUCAACCUUCCUCCACCGGCGGCAGUCGCCGCGCCGGCGGCGCCCACCACCAACUCAGCCGCGGUCUGCACCCUCGACAUGGUCCGCUCCGCCCUCGAGCGCGCGGCCGCCGGGAGAACCACCGCCUCGCCGGCAACGUCAACAUCGUCCGCGUCGACCUCGUCAUCGUCCUCCUCCGCCGGAAAGCGCAACCGGUCGCCGCAGCCCGCGUCCCCCGCUAUGCGCGCAGCCGCGUGCCCAUCCUGCCUCACGUACGUGCUCAUCGCCGAGGAGGACCCCCGCUGCCCGCGUUGCUCGGCCAGGGUGCCACCGCUCCGCGGGAAGAAGUCCGCCGCCGCCGCCGAAGGCAGCGGCAAGAAGCCGAGGAUCGACCUGAAUGCGGCUGCUGAGGAGAUGGAGUGAACGGAGAAAAAGAUUAGAGGAAAUUGGAAAAAGUCAGGAAAUGGAUUUCUUUUAGGCAAUAUCUUGUCUGAAGAAUCGCCUGAUCGUAGUAUAGGGCCCUAUAUUUAUUUAGUCAAAAAAAAGUAUGAUCAUGUAGAUCAAAAACUGCUGGGUUACAUAGAAGUUGGACUUCUCUCAAUUUAUUUUGUUCUUUUAUUUUGUUCUUCGUCUUAAAAAGUCUGUCUGUACAAAUGAUAGUAGCCUUUCCUUAAUUCCGGUUUUGUUCGUUAUAA